UACGCAGAUCACCUUCAAUUUGCGUUUGACGAGGGGCGCGCAUUGCAAGUGUUACAUGCGCAGAUUAUGUGGACGGUCGAGGAUAAACGUUGAAUGACACUGACAGUCCAUGGCAUAAAUGAGGGGAAAAACUGUUGCAAUCUGACACCACUUGUUUCUUCAUUAACAUCUCAAUGCAGAUACAACCUGUGUAACUUCAUGAUGCCUCGGCAAGCUGCAAAACAGAAGGCUGGCAGUGAUGUGCCCAAGAAAGCGGCGCCUAAGAAGAGAGGACCUAGGGCCUACAAGCUGCCAGACCCCAUCCCUCAGGGGGAGGUCCUGAAAGACCUCAACAAGAAGGAAUGGAAGCUGGGACCGACAGUCGGCAAAGGAGGCUUUGGUGAACUCUACCUCGCUGCUGAAGCCACGUCCAGCCCAGUUGGUUCAGAUGCAAUGUAUGUUAUCAAAAUUGAACCCAAAGACAACGGACCACUGUUUGUGGAGCAGGCAUUCUACCAAAGAAGUGCCAAGGCUGAAAUGGUUGAGGAUUGGAUGAGGAAACGCAAACUGACCCAUCUGGGCGUGCCCAAGUUCAUGGGGACCGGGAUGCACAACAGAGGCAAGACAGACUUCCGCUUCCUGGUCAUGGAGAGAUUCGGCGAAGACAUCUGGAAGAAAUACCUGGCCUGCAGCAAACGGUUCACAGCCAAGACGGCGUUCACUCUGGGCAUACAGAUUCUUGAUAGUCUGGAGUAUCUUCACAGUACUGGAUAUGCCCAUGCGGACAUCAAGAGUGCCAACAUCCUACUGGGGUAUGGGCCCAAGUCACAAAACCAGGUCUACUUGGUGGACUACGGCCUUGCCGUCAGGUUCUGCCCCAACGGACAACACCGGGAGUAUAAAGAGGAUCCCAAGAAAGCUCACGACGGAACGCCGGAAUUCACCAGCAGAGAUGCCCACAAUGGAGUUGUUCCAUCUAGACGAGGCGAUUUGGAGAUCCUCGGCUAUGUCAUCCUACAGUGGCUGGCAGGGUCAUUACCAUGGGAACACAAGAUAUCAGAAUCCUACACCGAUUUCCCCUAUGUCAUGAAUCAAAAGAAACAGUAUAUGUCAAACAUUGGUUCGUUGAUGAAGGUAUGCUUUCCUGCUGGAAACCAUCCAGUUGCGCUUCAGAAGUAUAUGGAGUAUGUGAGCAAGCUGAAAUACGAGGAGGUGCCAGACUACAAGCAUUUAAAGGGACUCUUCACAAAGGCCAUCGCUGCUGCUGGCUUUAAAGCAGACGGGAAACUAGACUUCACCCCGCCUUCAGCAUCAACGAGUGACAGCUCAAGUGACACCAAGGCAAAGAAGCGUAAGGCUGUGGGCGGGGCCAGCGAGUUACCGAAGAAAGCCGCCAAAGUGGGCAGGACCGGUAGGCGGAUUGUGUCGAGCAGCACAGAGAGUACCUCGGACUCUGAAACCGCAGUCGCACCCCCAGUCAAGGGACGACAACGGAAAGCGGCGAGCGCGCCCAAACCCAAAGCUGUUGCAGCGACCAAGAGACCUGUGGCCAAGUCACCCUUGAGGUCACCGGUCAGGUCGCCGAAGGCAAGGUCAGCGCCUGGGGUCAUCGGAAGUUCGGCUGUUAGACCGAAACCAGCUUUGACAAAGAAACAGCUGGAAAGGUCCAAAGGAUCAGAAAGCACCAGCAGCACAACCCCACAGAUCUCCGGUGAAGUUUUCACAAGGAGAAAAAGAAAGACGCCCGUGGUCACGGCGACAUCGUGCACUCAGACAUCGCCUGGAGUGAAACAGACGCCCAAGAUCAAGAGAAAACGCUGAAAGAGAAGAUGCCCUCAAAAAUGA